AUGACGGGUAAAGAUAGCAGUAUGAUGAAGGCAUGGGAGGCUACGGUGAAAAAGACACAGGCAGUUGCAAAGAAACGUGCAAAUAGCAUAUUUGGGACAACAUAUGUAGCUCAUGAAGAAGAUAACAAGGAUGAGGAAAAUGGAAGCGAAGCGUCAGAAGUAUACCAUGCAGAGAGGGUUCUACCGAAUGGAGAUUACUAUAAGGGAGAAUGGGCAGAUAACUUCCCACAUGGGAAGGGAAAGUAUAUAUGGACAGAUGGUUGCAUAUAUGUUGGAGAAUGGUUCAAAGGUAAAACAAUGGGAAAGGGAAAGUUUAGUUGGCCUUCAGGACCAUCUUAUGAAGGGGAAUUCAAGAGUGGUUAUAUGGAUGGGAUAGGUACAUACACUGCUGCUAAUGGAGAUAUUUAUAAGGGACAAUGGGUUAUGAAUUUGAAACAAGGUCAUGGUGAGAAGAGUUAUUCAAAUGGUGAUAAAUAUGAAGGAGAAUGGAGAAGAGGUUUGCAAGAUGGUCAAGGGAAAUAUGAGUGGAAAGAUAAUAACCAUUAUAUUGGAGAAUGGAGGAAUGGGAGUAUUUGGGGUAAAGGAUCAUUUGUUUGGAGUAAUGGGAAUAGGUAUGAUGGGUAUUGGGAAGAUGGUUUUCCCAAAGGGAAUGGAACAUUCAAAUGGCCUGAUGGAAGUUUUUAUGUAGGUAAUUGGAGUAAGGAUCCAAGAGAUCAGAGUGGAACAUACUAUCCAAAUCCAUCUGCAGGGUCAUCACAAGAGGGUCAUCUUGAUUGGGAUCCUCAACAAGUGUAUAAUGAGUUGAGUGAGUAUCAAGUUAGUCCAGGGGAGAAGGUUUCAAUUUUGCCAUCACAGAAGAGACUUGCAGUGUGGAGGUCAACAAAGGUUGAUUGUGGUAAUAAUAAACCAAGGAGAAUGUCUAUAGAUGUGAAUAAUGGGAGAGUAAGUGUAGGGUUGGAAAAGCCUAGUGAUAGAAUGCAUUUAUGGGGUGGUGGGGACAUUGGUGAUCAAAAUCAUAAUAAUGGUAAUAGAACUCCUUCGGAUCAUGAUGAUCAAUUUUCUAGUAUUCCUCCAAGACUCACUCAGCUACAAACAUUGAAAGCACCAAAGAAAUCAAAGAGGCAGGGAGAGACUAUAUGCAAAGGACACAAAAAUUAUGAGCUCAUGCUCAAUUUACAAUUGGGAAUCAGGCAUUCUGUUGGAAGACCUGCCCCAUCAGCAUCUUUUGAUCUGAAGCCUUCAGCUUUUGAUUCCAAAGAGAAAGUCUGGACAAGAUUUCCUCCAGAAGGUUCCAAAUAUACCCCUCCACAUCCAUCCAUUGAGUUCAAGUGGAAGGACUAUUGCCCUGUAGUUUUUAGAACACUUAGGAGGCUAUUCAAGGUGGAUGCAGCUGAUUACAUGUUAUCCAUAUGUGGAAAUGAUGCCCUACGUGAACUUUCUUCUCCUGGAAAAAGUGGAAGCUUCUUUUACUUAACCAAUGAUGAUCGUUAUAUGAUUAAGACAAUGAAGAAAGCUGAGGCUAAAGCUCUCUUGAGAAUGCUUCCUGCUUAUUACAAUCAUUUUCGAGCAUUUGAAAAUGCUCUAGUCACAAAGUUUUAUGGCUUGCAUUGUGUGAAGUUAACUGGAACGGCUCAAAAGAAGGUUCGGUUUAUCAUAAUGGGCAACCUUUUUUGUUCCGAAUAUACCAUACAUAGACGCUUUGAUUUGAAGGGUUCAUCACUUGGGCGCAUAACAACUAAGCCUGACGCAGAGAUUACUGAAACCACCAUCCUUAAAGAUCUUGAUCUAAAUUUUAUAUUUCGACUACAACGAACUUGGUUUCAAGAAUUUUGCAGGCAAAUUGACAGGGACUGUGAGCUUCUGGAACAAGAAGGAAUUAUGGACUAUAGUCUACUUGUUGGCAUUCAUUUCAAAGAUAUAUCACCAGAGGGAGAACUUAUUCCUUCAGGAUCUCAUACUCCUACCGGUGAUUCAGAGAGUGAAGGAACCCCUCAUAUUUCACGAGCAGACAUGGAUCAACUUCUUCUAGAUCCUACCAGGUGGGCGAGUAUCAAAUUGGGUGUGAAUAUGCCAGCAAGAGUUGAAAGGACAGUGAGAAUGAGUGAUUGUGAAUUACAACUUGUAGGAGAUCCAAUUGGAGAGUACUAUGAAGUUGUCUUGUUUUUUGGUGUCAUAGACAUACUUCAAGAUUAUGACAUCAGCAAGAAGCUUGAGCAUGCCUAUAAGUCCAUUCAAUAUGAUCCAACCUCAAUAUCCGCCGUUGAUCCAAGACAAUACUCAAGACGUUUUCGUGAUUUCAUAUUCAAAGUAUUUUCAGAAGAGAGUUGA